UCGAUUCAGUGAACACGUCCAAACGCGACGAAGUAUUAGUGGCAGAAUUUAUAAUCGUUCUCCAUACUUGUGUGCGAUCAUCGUAUUAACCUCGACGCGAUAUUGGUUUUCACACAUCAACAAUAUGCUUGUUGCACUUGAAAACGGAAAUAGGGAACAAUAUCCAAACAGGUUACAAAGAGCUACUUCCUUGAUCACAAUUCAAAUGACGUCGACUAUCCAGCCGAGCAAGUAAGGGCAGAAGACUUAACCGUCUGAUUUAGCACGUUUUUCAAACAGCGCCGCUACAAGACAAGAUUAAACAAUAUACUUGAUCAUCCAAUCACCGUAAUAGUGGGAAUUGAACACUCUCGACGGCUACCACAGAGUACAGUGUAUAUUUAUCUGCAUGAAAACUAAACUUUGGAGUCGCGUUCAAAAUGUUUCGACUCUGUUUGAUUACGCUAAUCGUAGAGUGUUGUAUAUUUACUCAGGUGGCCAUAGUCUGUAACGCUCGAAAUCAUGCGACAUGCGACCCGCCGAAAAGGAUAAGGAACAAUUUUACAGCGGACGUUAUAAUUGGAGGUUUGAUACCAGUUCAUGCGGGAGGAGAAUUGAAACUUAACGAACCCGGGGUGAUGUGGGUCGAGGCUAUGAUGUUUGCGAUUGACGAAAUAAACAAAAAUGCAAGUUUGUUACCCGGGAUUACACUUGGUUUCGAUAUUCGCGAUUCUUGUAACAAAGGCGACCUCGCGCUCGGCGCUGCCUUGGAUUUCAUGCUAACACCAAGUAACCCGGGGUCGUAUGCGAGAAAGUUUGACAACAAGAACAAAUCGAGUUGUUUUUGUAAUACGAACGCGAGCGGUAAUAGCACUCCGCCAGUAAUAGCCGUGGUCGGAGGGGCUUCGUCGAGGAUUUCAACGACAGUUUCGCCCGUAUUUUCCACAGAUAAUAUUCCUCAAAUAAGCUACUCUUCGACCAGUCCAACGCUUAGUGACAAAGGAACAUAUCGCACGUUCUUCAGGACUAUCCCGUCCGAUCUCUACCAGGCACAAGCAAUCGCAGAUAUCUUGGAGCAUUUUAACUGGACUUAUGUCUCGAUAGUUGUCUCGGACGAUGAAUAUGGUAGAAACGGCUUGAUUGCGCUGGGGAAAAUUCUUAAGGAGAAAAAGUUUUGCAUUGCCGAAGCGGCUUCGUUCUCCACGAAUUCGAACGAGGAGAUGACGAAAGACGCUGAACACAUCAUCCGGAGGUUACAGGAAGACGAUCGACAAAGGGUUGUGGUGCUAUGGUGUGAACGACCCGCAGCAAUCGGUUUUCUCCGAGCGGCUACCGGCAAGCUAUCGAAUAUAACGUGGAUCGGAACCGAGUCGUGGGGAGACAACGCACAAGUGAAAAACGAAGUCAAUUUUGAACUUAUUCGCGGAAUGCUCGGGGUGGUGCCGUAUUUGGGAAGGCACGCGAAAUUCGAUGAGUAUUUGAAAACACUCACCCCCAAAAGCAAACAGACCAAUCCAUGGUUGGGCGAAUACUGGUCGAAGAAGUGCGCGACACCGAACUGCAUGGACAAAGUGCUACCAAAUGCUCUCUCCCUGCCUCCAAAUAAAUACGCGAACGUUAUGGACGCUGUUUAUUCUAUAGCUUAUGGUCUUCAAGGUUUAAAAAAUUCUCGACCCGACUUAGAUAUCACCGCGUUAGACAAACAAAUGCUUCAAGAGCUGCUGAAGCAUAUAAGGCAAGUGAAUUUUCACGCACUGUCUGCGAAGGGGAGCUUUGUGUUCACGAAAUCGGGCGACCCGGUUUUCGGGGCAUAUUUGAUCAAGAAUUUACAAGGUGAUGGAAGGAAUAAGGAGUUUGUGCCUGUGGCGCAAUGGAAUGGAGAGACGUCCGAGUUAGAAUUUGAGGAGAACGUCGGAAUACAGUGGAAUCAAGGGGGAGCAUCGGUUCCUCUGUCGAGAUGUUCUGAGAUAUGUCAGCCGGGUUUUGGAUUCGUCAGGUCAAGUAGAGAGUGUUGUUGGACGUGCCCCAAAUGUCAGUUCGGAUACAUCAAAUCGACAGUUGGAAACGAGGCUUGUUUUCCAUGUCCGGAUGGCUACAUGUCAACCAGCGAUAGAAAAAAGUGUGUUAAAGUUGAAGAGGACAUUCUCGAGUGGAAUUCGCCAUUAUCAAUCGUCGUCAUCGCCUCCAGCUUUCUUGGCCUCAUUCUUGUUGUAUUCAUCAUCGCCAUCUUUCGAAAAUACUCGGCAACCGCCGUCGUGAAGGCAUCGAAUCGCGAAGUCUCUUUGGUCCACUUGACGUGCCACGCGCUCGUCUUCUUGCUUCCGCUCUUGUACAUAGGUCGCCCUAGAGCGGCAACCUGCAUUGCGCGGCUAAACUUCUUCCCAGUCCUCUUCACAUUCAUCACGGCCAUCAUGUUCCUGAAGACGGACCGAAUCGUGCGAAUUUUUAACUCCAAGUCUCGGCUGACGAAACGUAGUCGGUUGCUUAGCAACAAGGUUCAAUUCGUGCUGACGAUUAUCCUGACCCUAAUCCCGGUCAUAGGCACAGGCAUUUGGCUCGCUCUCAGACCGCUGACCGUCAAGGUGGAACCGGUUGAGCCUAAGUACCUUGUAUAUUGCGAAAACGAGGAAGCGUGUCAGAUAGUCCAGUUGGCCUAUAUCCUCCUCCUUGCUUUGUUGUGCACGUACGAAGCGUUUCACGCCAGGAAGCUACCAGAAAGUUUCAACGAAGCGAAGUUCAUCUGUUUUUCGAUGUUCGCGUUUGUUUUAAUGUGGGUCGGAUACAUACCUGUCUGCAUCGAUAUAACUGGGUCAACAAAACAAUUCAUGACCUGUCUGUUUAUAAUCCUGAUCAACUUCCUAACGGUGAUGCCAAUCUACAUGCCAAAAUUAAACAUCAUUCUUAUACAUCCCGAGCACAAUCGCCACGAGUCGUUUAGAAAAGCAACCAUGAACACCUGCUUGAAAGAGGCGCGUCGACUAUCCGCGGUCGGUUCCCCGAACGCGACGCCCGAUCCGCAAAGAUCGUCGGUGGUCAACCAACAAAACAUCGCCAACGACGACGAGGACACCUCGCCGGAAACGGACAAAAAAAUACGCAGCAUUUCCACGCUUACUGACGUGUCGUUUGGCAGCAACGAACAGCUGGUUGCUCGCCAUUUAGGACUUCCCGAAGCAAAACGCAUGAGCAGUCUCAUGCCGGAACUCGACAAUGGUAUGCUCGAAAAAUCUAUCACCAGCAUGUAAUAGAAGUAUAGAUUUGCUAAGGCCGGCUGUACAAAGGCUGAACAGCGCUAACCACGGAAUAGGCCCAUUAACAAACCAGAAACUCUAAUUUAAGAACACCGAGGUUUAUUCUAGGUUAUACUGAACUAUACGUAUACUUUCAGAAUAAUUUAAAAAACCCACAAACGGCCUAGGGUAGCGCUUAGUAACCAGCUUCGUGGUGGUCUCGACUUGAAGUUAUUUCAGCGACAAUCGCGGAACAAAACAGCCAUGUAUAUAGUUGUAGUGCAUGUAGUGUAGGUUUUUAGAUUCUUUACUUUUAUAAGAUUUUAAUAGAAGUUUUAGCAUAUUUCGCGAAUUAUUUUUUAAGAAGUUACAAGGAGUGUUAAGAGCUGGCAGAAA